UCAAACGCCUCUUAAGAGUCCGAGCAGGAGCUGGGGAGCGAGUGCAACCAGGAUAUCUGCGACAAGAGGAAAAGAAAGUUCACAAUGAGAUCGCUACUGACAUUACUUUUCGCGAUCGUUUUGCUGAGUUUGAGCGCUACGCAAGUUCAAACAAAAAACAUCGUAUCAAGCUCUACCGCUCGAAUAACUGAUGAAACUGAAUUUGCGCGAUCGCGCAAAUUCUUGGAUAAUGAGAAACAUAUCAAGCGAGUACAGAUCCGCAAUCAAGCUGGAUUAGAUGGUAAAGUGCAAAGGAUCCGUUUGAGCCGUGACUUUGAAGAGAAUAAACCGGGCAUUCACGCAUAUGGUUUGCCGAAAAAACGUUUACCCAAUAACGGUGUCAUUGAAAGAGUUUACGUGGAAGGAGGCCACAUCGAUGAUGUUUCAAGAAGUAGCCGACUGGUGGAAGCCUAUGGAAUGCCAAAGGAUGACAUAAAUACUAACGGUUUUAUCGAAAGGCUGUCAUCGCCGAGCGCAGAUGAUCGCCAAUCCGAAAAGCUGGACUCACAAAACGAGAACGUCAGAGUAAGAAGAUCUAUUCGCGAGGGAUCCGAUAAUAAAAUCGAAGACAAGAUCUCCAGCGAGGCGGAAGACAUGGUAGCGCAAGAUGCGAAAGUCUUCAGGCCGCUUUUCGUCUACAGGCAACAAGUGGCUGCCAGAGAAAGGCGGAAUCACGCGAGAAACGUGGUACACAGGAAUCAUCGACACGCGGCUCAUCAACCUUGCUAUCACCGGCAGUAUUGAUUUUAUUGAGCAGAAUACGCGCAAGCAUCGCAUUUAUUAUCUUGUGAAAGCUAAGUUAGACGCUUGCUAGAUUCUCCAGAUAACGCAAUCGUGUAAAGGACGUUGUGGCAAUAUCCGAAGGACAAUCAGUUUCUUCAUUUCUUAAGACAAUCCUACACGUGCUUUGUUGAACGUUUGCGUUGCUUGAAUCUUUUUUUUUAAGAUGAGAAAGUGAAUAAUAUGGAGAAUUAGUCAGAUUGCAGACAACGUAGAAUAAUUUGAUCAAUGAUGCAAAGCUUUUUAUUAAGUCUGUAAAAUAAUUCGAUGCUUCCUUUUGAAGAAAUUGAGCCUUUACUUUCUUUUUCUCUAGAGGGAAUUCAACUGUCGGAUAGGUAGAGAAAAGUAUUAGAAAAUGAUAUUUCGAAUAUUUCGAAGAUUGACAUUUAUUUUUUUUGUAAUCUUGAGGUUUUUUGUAUUCUUGAGGUGGCAAUUAUAAUAUUGAAAUAAGACUAUAAUAUAGUUGACUUUGCGUUGAUCAUUAUUGAUUACACUUGAAUAAUUGAUUAUUCAGUUGUAAUAACAUUAAGAAAUAUUAAUAUUAUGAAAUAUUAAUAUUAAUGUGUUACGAUGUCUAUACAUAGAUUAAUAUGCUGGAUAUUAUUAGAUUUGUAGUUAAAGCGUACAAAUAUUGAAAUCUACUGUUGUGUGUGAUAAAUCUUACAAUUAACAUUUUGCAUUUCUGCAUUAAGCUAAGACUAUAAUUUUGCUUUUUUAUACUCCAAUGCCUAAAAGUAUUAUUAAAAACUUUGUACUAACUUUAUUGUUAGAUGUAUAGCAUUAUUCUAACUUGUUAGAUUAUUUCUUUCAUUCUGAAUAAAACCGCAUAUAAAAA